UGUAAAAGCUGGCUUCACACUUAACUUUCAACAAAGUAAUUAUAACUUGACAAAAACGUUAAGAGAAAGAACCCUAAAAGGGUGUAAACCCAAACAUUUGGUGGCUGAGAAAAAUCAAACAUAGGCACGGUAUUUGUGCGCGGUAUAAGCCAAUUAUAAGUAACGUGUCAAUAUUAUAGCCGAAAAACUGAAUUAUUGAGUUGCUUUCGGAAUUGGAAGGCCCUCGACAUAUAAAAUCGUAGAGGAGAAAAUUAUGGCAAUCAAACCUUCAUUUUCUCUCAUCCUUUGCUGCUUCUUCUUGGCAUCAGUCCUCUUCAUCCCGCAUGCAAUAGUUGGUCGUAGACUAGAGGAGGUAAAAGAAGAUGAUAAUGGACAAAGCAAAGCGGGAGUAACAAAAAGUCAUGCAAAUACAGCACCAUCUUGGGUUGGCAACGAUUCUCCUCCAACCUCAAAUAGGGCUACUAAAGUGUCAAAUGCGAACAUGAUCGCCAGGUCAAAAUUAGGUAACGGUGCAAAAGAUUGCUCCCCCGACAUUUAUAAUCGUAAUUGUCGUCGUUGAUAUUAAAGCCACCCAACAAAAGCUCAAUAAAGAAUCUGUGGCGGUUUUGGAGUAAAAUUUCGAUCCGCCACGGUAUUUUUAUAAAUCUACUUUGUUAAUUACUGAUGUUAAGAUUUGCUUGGCGAACCUGGCCAAACUGUUGCCCAUUGUUUUUAAGCAGUGUGAAAAUUUUUGGUAUAUGUCCAUUCCAUAAUUUCUGAAUUGUGUGUAGAAAUCUUCCCCUUUCCAUAAUCAACGUGAUCUGGAACAUUUAGAGGUUUUGACUUUCUUUUUCUCCUGAAAAGGAUUGAAUAUUAGAUUUUAUAAACAUCUAUGGAAUAUUAGAAGGAAAUUUUUAUUAAUUUGUUUUAUUUUAUUGAAAUUAGGCCCUUCACAAUUAACCAUUGUCUGGAUUUCACUAAUAAAAUAAUUUUACCUUCUUGAUUUUCAUACAAGUGUUAAUUUCUGAA